UGGCGUACGUAAAUGCGCAUAACAUUUCGUUGCUCUGGGUUGCGGAAAGAAAUCUGCUUUUUUUCGCUUUUUAAUUUUGGUACAGAAUUUUAAGGCACACGGUUUUCCUAGCAUUCUACCGUGACAGAUAAUCCUUUGUUAUAAUCGGCGGGUGAACAUUUCUAGCGACUUCGGUGGUUUGUUUUCGCAUUUUGGGAAAGCAUACAGAUAAUUUAUCGAAGAUGAGCAAAAGUGGUGGAGUGGGCAAAACCGCGGCUGCGUUAGGAAUAACCGAUGCAAAGCUGAUAGAGCUUCUGAAGUCCUGUGAAAAAGUGAAAUGCAACGCAUACAGCCGAUACAGUCACUUCCGUGUGGGAGCAGCACUCUUGACGACCCCUGACGACAAAGGAAUUAUCAUAACCGGAUGCAAUAUCGAGAACGCUUCUUCUGGGAUGACCGUGUGUGCUGAGCGCACCGCCAUCUGCUACGCCGUCGCCCAAGGUCAUCGGACUUUCCAUUGCAUUGCCGUCACCUCCGAUAUCGACGGACGAUUCUGCGCUCCGUGUGGAGCGUGCCGGCAGGUCAUCAUUGAAUUCGCUCCUAACAGUGCGGUCAUCCUGAUGAAACCGGGAUUUAGCGAUGAGCAGUAUAUCAACGGCGAAGGACUGCAUUUGACCACCAUCAAAGAACUGCUACCCUUUGGAUUUACGCCCGAUGAUUUAGCAAUGCCGCAAAUUGCGCACAAAGACCCGUAUUCAUCUUAAUUUAUUUAUCUAACUAAGAACUUUAUGAUUACAUAUUAUUCUUUAUUACGUUGAGUAAUUUUUGACGAUUUCCGUAUGACAGGUACAUGCAUCGUAGCGAAGUACUUUUUCCUUACAAUUGUUAGAUGAGAAAAUAAUUAUCAAACAUAAUUCGCUUACGGCUUUAUUACGUAAAAGAAUGCGCGCUCGUUUUCCGCUCGCUUGACACGUGAUCAUCGGUGGAUCUUCCCUUUACGUCACACCGGUUCAUGCUUUGUUAGUUCUUCAAAACAUGUCACUGUCCUUUUGUUUUGACGGGGAACACAGGAUGCAUGUGCCCAGGAACAGCAACCGUAAUAAACCAUAAUGGAAA